GCCAUUAUGUUUCACUUUACAAUUUCCAUCACUACCAUGACCGCUUCUUGCUGGAAAGUUAAGACAAAAUUCACUUUCUGCUUCUGCAAUUAAUGUGCCAGCUUUCUUCCUUCCCCAUUCUUUCUUGGAAAAAAAAAAGAAAAAAAAAAGGAGAGAAUUCAUCUAGUAAUUGGAACUACAUUGUUGAAUCCCAAGUUUCAGAAAUCUUGAAUUUUCAGCAAAACCAAGUUGAAUAGCUGUUUUUUCAGUUGACUGAAUUGACACUUGACCAAGGACAAAGAGAGCUUAAUUAUCUCCAUUAAGUCCAAAAGCACCUUUCUUGCUGUGCUGGCAUCUUGUCAUUUCAACAUUGUUUGCUAGUUUGACCAUAAAUCUGAUCUGUGAAUUCUGUGAGAUCCAUUUUAUUAGCUUUGCUGUCAAUCAAAUGGUCGCUUUGUCGGUCUGAGCAAAUGGGGGGUUGUGUGUCGACUAGCAGCAGUACUUGUAGUAGCAGGAGCAAUGGAGAAAAAUUUUCACCUGAAUGUUUGGGAAUAAGCAUGUUUAGUCGAAAGAGGAUUAGAAGAACUUUUUCUGAUCAUGCCAUUGCAUUGAAGCAUCUGAGUUCGAUUCCCAAUCGGAUUUUUACAAAUGGCAAGAGCCGUACUUCUUGCAUAUACACACAACAAGGACGUAAAGGCGUUAACCAGGAUGCCAUGAUCGUGUGGGAAGAUUUCAUGGCGGAAGAUGUGACCUUUUGUGGAGUAUUUGAUGGCCAUGGUCCACAUGGUCAUCUUGUUGCUCGCAAAGUAAGGGCUGCACUGCCCCUGAAGUUAAUGUCCUUUUUGCAGUCAUUUGAAUCAAACGGCAAUGGUUCUGCUACCGAUUGCUGCAACAGGAAUCCAGAAUUGGAAGUUGUGGAUCCUGAUAAGGAUCAAGUGAAUGCGGAUAAAGUAGACACUCAGUGGAGAGAAGCUUUUCUUCAAUCAUAUAAGGCAAUGGACAAAGAAUUGAGGUCCCAACCUAAUUUAGAUUGCUUUUGCAGUGGUAGCACUGCUAUUACUCUAGUAAAACAAGGUUCAAACCUUUAUAUGGGCUAUAUUGGUGAUUCUCGGGCAAUCUUGGCAUCAAAGGAUGACAAUGAUUCGAUGGUCGCAGUCCAGUUGACUGUUGAUCUGAAGCCUGAUUUACCUAAGGAAGCUGAGAGGAUAAAACAAUGUAAAGGUCGGGUUUUCGCAUUGCAAGAUGAGCCAGAAGUGCAGAGAGUUUGGUUGCCAUUUGAUAAUGCCCCUGGAUUAGCAAUGGCUCGAGCAUUUGGCGAUUUUUGUGUGAAGGACUAUGGGGUAAUAUCUGUACCAGAAUUUUCUCACCGGGUUCUUACAGAGAGAGACAAGUUCAUUGUUCUUGCUUCUGAUGGGGUUUGGGAUGUCUUGAGCAACGAGGAAGUGGUCGAUAUUGUGUCAUCAGCGCCUACACGAUCAUCAGCUGCCAGAAUCCUAGUUGACUCUGCUGCACGCGAAUGGAAAAUCAAAUAUCCGACUUCAAAAAUGGAUGAUUGUGCUGUUGUUUGCUUAUUCUUGGAUGGAAAGAUGGACUUGGAUUCUGACAAUGAGGAGCAAUGCCACUCUUCUGCUGCUCUUAAGAGAGACAAUUCUGGUAUCGCUGCUGAAUCAGAUGACGGGCACCACUCCGAGCCAUCUCUACAGAGAAACACUACUGUCAGAUCAGCCGAAGAGAAUGAUGUCUAUAAACGGGUAGUAGCCGAAGCAGAUCAAGAAACUGCAAUAACAGAAGAUCAGAAAUGGUCAGGAUUGGAAGGCGUUGCUCGAGUCAACUCUCUGGUUCAGCUUCCAAGAUUCUCCGACGAGAGGCAAGGACCUUAACCUUGUGUUAUUCAAUUAUGAUUGUUGUUAUAUACAAAUUCUUUCGUCUCAAAGUGUCGAUAGAGAAAGUAUCAACGGUUCCAUCCUCUACAUUCCAUGCAAAUAUAUUCUUGCUGCAACAUUCUAGACCGUGAGGAUUCAUAUAGCCUGCACCAACUUAUUUGGGAUUGAGGCGUUGUUGUAUUCUAGACGUGUAUAUGUCCACCCUCUUCCAACUCUCGGCUUUGGUUCGUUCACUAUGUUGUCUUCAUCUCAAGAUACUUCGUGCACUGGACUACCCUUGAGCCAAAAGUUUCAGAUGUUAAUUUGAUAUAUAGUAAAUGAUAAGUAUUAGUUAUGGUGGAAGAAUGAUUACGAUAGUAGUUGAAAUUUUUUGAUUGAGACAAAA